AUGGAUCGAGAUGUGAUGGAACACCCUUCUGGCCAAACCUCCUCCUCCUACUCCUCCUCCUCAGAGGUCAGACACAUCACGCUGAGCGAGUCCUGGGGGUCGUCUCUAGGAGGUGAAGGAGAGGACGGAGGCGGUUGUGGUGGUGGUAGUGGGCUCGGGACAGUGGCAGGCCCAGGGGUGGGAGCAUGGCCAUGGGGGGGCCGCAUCCCGUCCUCCAAUCUGAACAGGGACAGGCGUUGGGGCUGGGGGUCCUGGGGCGGUGGUCCACCCAGAGGAGGACCCAGAAUCUCAGAGCUUAAGCCGUGGCUGGGCGGAGGGUUGGCUGGGGCACCAGUAGGUGGAGCUGGUGCCAGCAGUGGAGGAGGCAGCGGGGGCCCAGAGAAGGGAGGCAGAGUGAGAUGUUCCCGCAGAAUGUGGGUUCUCCUGGGCUCGGUGGGCCUGGUGUUUUUAACCUCCCUCCUCUACUCCGUCUCACUCCGCGGCGGUGUCAGCUUCAACUACCUGGAGCCUCCGGGGUGGGAGGAGUCGAGGCGAGUGAAGCUGGUGCCAAACUACGCCGGCGCCCACCACCUGUCGCCACCUGACGCUCCACAGCAGAAGACCUGUGCCUGUGCCCGCUGUGUGGGAGACCCCGGGGUCUCUGAGUGGUUCGACGAGAACUACGACCCCGACAUCUCACCCGUGUGGACCAGAGACAACAUCCAGCUGCCCCCUGACGUCUACUACUGGUGGGUGAUGCUCCAGCCCCAGUUUAAACCCCACAGCAUCCAGCAGGUGCUGCUGAGACUCUUCCAGGUGAUUCCAGGAAGGUCGCCGUAUGGAUCGUGGGAUCCAGGACGCUGCCUGCGCUGCGCAGUGGUGGGAAACUCUGGAAACCUCCGGGGAGCGGGAUACGGCGAAACUAUCGACGGACACAACUACAUCAUGAGGAUUAAUUUGGCCCCGACAGUGGGGUAUGAAGAAGACGCUGGCAGCCUCACCACUCAUCACUUCAUGUACCCAGAAAGUGCCAAAAACCUGGCUGCUAACGUCAGCUUUGUCCUGGUUCCCUUCAAAACACUGGACCUGGUCUGGAUCACCAGCGCUCUGUCCACCGGCCAGAUUCGAUUUACCUACGCCCCAGUCAAGCAGUUCCUGCGAGUGGAUAAGGACAAGGUGCAGAUCUUCAACCCCGCCUUCUUUAAAUACAUCCACGACCGAUGGACGCGUCACCACGGACGUUACCCUUCCACUGGGAUGCUGGUGCUGUUCUUCGCCCUCCACGUCUGUGAUGAGGUGAAUGUCUUCGGUUUCGGAGCCGACAGCAGAGGAAACUGGCACCACUACUGGGAGCAGAACCGGUACUCCGGGGAGUUCAGGAAGACCGGCGUCCACGAUGCCGACUACGAAGCUCAGACCAUCGAGCGACUCGCCAAAGCCAGAAAAAUCACUGUUUUCCCCGGGAAAUAAGCAGCAGCGGAGACUGCAAGGCCUGCUGGGAAUGUGACAGACGUUGUAGCUUUUAAACUCACUGUGUUGACGCUCCUCUCAUUUAAAGUCCGUCCAAACCGGAGUCCCGACACGUCAGACGGGAUUGACUCGUCACAUGGAGAGAUCCGUCUUCUCGGUGGGGAGCAUGGUAAAAGCGCCCCCUCCUGACAGACCUGACGGUGGAAGGUUAGUUCAUCCAGAGUGAGCAGGGGAGCUCACCUUAGAUAUUCCUUCUGCCGCAGAUCUCAUUCCCACUGAAGCUUCACCACGAACGCUGAUUAUCGACUGGACCUGAGCUCCGGGACUUUUCUCUCUAAUCGAUGUUCUGCUCCUGGACCGUCUACAGCGGAAAAUUUUCACGUCUGACGAUGAUUCAAUGCUCAUUAAUCAACGAGCAGAAGCCACACAGACGGCUGCGUUAGCGCGGAGCGAGCGCCUGCUCUGCGGCUUCAUCACGUCUCAGAGCAGAUUUACGGCUCGUCUCCACCUUCUAACCUGUGGAUAUUUAUACACCUGCAGGCCUUCAGACCCAGGAUUGAGGACGUGGCCUGUGGCACCGUUAGACUUUAUUGGGAUGUCAAACACUUUGAGGGCGCCAGGACCACUUUAACGGCUCUAUUAGAGCCAGGGGGCCGUGGGGGGGGCAUUGUGUUCAGUGGCCGUCACUGGAGAAAGAAUCGUUCCUCUCAUAUCGUACAUGAGGUCAAACACCUCGGUGCCGCUCUCCUCGUCGUAACUCCACUUUUAUGUCAGCGUUUGUCUGCGAAGGCCUCGUUGGCACCGACGUUGAUGACCGUUGGCGACACCAUAAGUCGUUUCUGGGAAUUUCUUUUAGCACAAAACAUCUUCUAACCCCUCCCCCCACCCCCCACCUCCGUAGAUCCUGACCAGCAUUUCCAAGGUUUCUGAGUUUGCAGUUUGAUUCCAGUCAAAGCUGCCUUUGGGCCAGACUAACACGGUCGGAUUUACACGUCGGACUACGGCUGCGGCUUUCAUUCUCACACACACUCACGGAUAGAAAUGUUCAUGGGGGGGGGACGACUGUGUGACACUCUAAUGAGGCCAGAAGUUCUGCUCCUGGGAUUUGAUGUGUUCUUGGGGGCUGGCUGGUUGCUGGACCAGAGUUUAAGCCCCAUGUGGACUCCGAGGAUCUAAUUUGGGAGAGAAGCUGUGCAGACCAGGAGCUGGGGCAUGAAGAUCCAGUUAGACCAAGCCAGCAUUAAAACACACAAACACACACACACACACCCUUUGCUGCAGUGUCUCAGACAGGGAGAAAAUGAAAAGUUUCUUCUGUCUUGUUUAUCUGCAGCAGCUUCUCACUCCCACACACGCUGCACUCAGUUCCUCCACCGACUUGUUUUCUGUUUAAACGACCGAGACAGACCUGCUUUGUUUUCACCUCCCAUACACACACCAGCCUGACUCCUGACUCCUGACUCCCUCUGAAGACCUUAAACUAGGACUGAAGGAGAUCUUCUCUGCUGGAACUGAGAACUAUUUAACUCGUCAGCAGUGGAAGUCACUAGUUGCAGCUCAUUUUAUUCAUCUGUUUUAAUAAUCAGGGGAUUGUAUGUAGAAUGUUGGUGCCAGGAACUCAUACAGUGGUUUGAACAGAUAAACAAAUAAAUAUUACCAGGCCUAUAUCGGAAUUGGAAAUUAAAUGUUUCGACAAUAUUGGACAUAUCGGAUAUUUUAGGGUAAACUCGAGUGACUAUUUAAACCAGGGAUCCCCAACCUCUGGUCCGUGCACUGGUACUGGUUCGUAAAUAAUUUGGUUGUGGGACACAGUGAAGAAAAUGUAUUUUAUUUUUUACUAAUUGACUUAAUUCUAAGAAAAUCCACUCAUAUCUAUUUGCUUUCUUCAUUUAAAGAUAAUCUGGGAAUUUAUAAAAAAUAAUGUCAUUAGGACUGCGGUACUAACAGAAGUCUAAAAAAUGUUUUAUUUUGAAAAUUUAAUGAUCCUUAUGAUAAUUCAACAACCGGUCCGCAGUAACAAUCGGUACUGGCCGACUGGUCUUUGGUACAGAAUAAAGGUCGGGACCUCUGGUUUAAAACGACAGAGCACCAGCAAUAAUGAAAUUACAAAAUAAAAUGAUUUGUAAAAACAUUAAAAAUCAGCAUAACAGUGAACAGAACAACAGCUGUUCUCUCUGCUCUCUGACGUUUUACACACGUUCUACAAAGACUUCGAUAAUUAGUCAUUUUGGUGAUAAUUAGCUCAUGGUUGGUAAUGGAAAUGAAACAGAGAAUAUCCUCCGAGGUUAAAAAUAUUCGAGCUGAUGUGAUCACUCACAGUGGACGUAUGAUGUAACUGCGUCCAUCACAUCAGUCACACAGACCACCGCCUAGGGGCCAGCUUUAUAUCUGAAACACCAGGCCUUCGCAUUGAUUUUAGACUAGUUUGAAAAAUUCAUUCCACAUUUGCCUUGAACGCACCGUUAGUCACACCAUUAUGGGUGUGACUAAAUUUAGAAAAAAAAUUACCUACAGUGUUCGACAAGUCAAGUAUUAGAGCGAAAUUCUUCAAAAUUCUUUUGAAACAACAACAACAACAAAAUAUAUACACCGCAGUGUCAUCAGCAAAAUGUUGUAGUUUAUCGGUACUACGUAAAGACAUUCUUGACAUUCAUGUCGCAUUUUUUUUUCAGUGUAUUUCCUGUGCCCGAACCCAAACAAAAUAUAUACU